UGUUAUUCAGCUAUUAAACGCACGCACGCAACCAUGUUUGGAAAUAUUUGUCUUACUCUCCUGAUCUUUGUUGAAGUGGCGGUAUGUGUUCAAAAACUCCAAGAACAUUUUCAAUGGAACAUUUUGGAUUAUGAGUUUCCCACAGAAGCUAUUCGAAGGAAUGCUUUACUGACAGGAAGAUUUAAGCCUGAAAAUAAUUUGCCAGUUGGUAUAGAAAUAUGGCAAGAUAAGUUAUUUGUUUCUGUGCCUAGAUGGAAAGAAGGUAUUCCAGCAACUCUAAACUACGUUCCAUUGAAUAGUCCAGUCAAAAACCCCCGAUUAAUUCCAUAUCCAGAUUUUCCCUCCAAUGAACUUGGUAACUGCGAAAAAGGCUUAAGUACCGUAUAUAGGAUCAAAGCAGAUGAAUGUGACCGCCUAUGGGUUCUCGACACUGGUACCUUUGGCAUAGGAAACACCACUCAAAACCCAUGUCCGUAUGCAAUAAAUAUUUUUGAUUUAAAGACAAACAGAAGAAUAAGAAGGUACGAGUUCCGCCCCGAAGAUAUUAACAGUAAUACUUUCAUUGCCAAUAUAGCGGUGGAAUUAGGUGCCACAUGUGAUGAUGCACAUGCCUAUUUCAGUGAUGAACUCGGUUAUGGCCUUAUUGUUUAUUCUUUGAAAGAUAACAAGUCUUGGAGAUUUAGCCACAGUUAUUUCUUACCUGAUCCCUUAAGAGGUGACUUCACUAUUAACAACCUAAACUUCCAGUGGGGCGAAGAAGGUGUCUUUGGUUUAAGUUUAACACCAGUGCAACCUGAUGGUUACAGACUUUUGUACUUUAGUCCUCUAGCAUCUCACAGGGAGUUUGUUGUUUCCACCAAAACUUUACAAAACAGUUCCAAGGUUGACGAUAGCUGGAAAGAAUUUUAUCCUUUAAAUGAAAGAGGUCCUGAUUCUCAUACAACAUCCAGAGUUAUGGAUGAAAACGGCAUCAGUUUUUCAAUUUAAUCGAUCAAAAUGCUGUUGGUUGUUGGAACUCUGAGACUCCUUAUAUAUCAAGAAACCAUGAUGUGGUCGACAAAGAUGAUAAAGGUUUAAUUUUUCCUGCUGAUGUUAAGGUUGACAGAAACAGAAAUUUGUGGGUAAUAUCUGACAGAAUGUCUGAUUUUCUGUUAGCUUCUUUAGACUUCAAUGACAUAAACUUUAGAGUAUAUUUUGCACCUAUUGACGUAUUAGUUAAAAAUACUGUGUGUGAAAGUAAAAGAUAUGAUGCAAUUUUUGGAUAUGACAAUCAACAUUUCUCAAAAUUCCCAUCCCACAAGUAUUAUAAUAUAUAUGGAGGCAACCUCUUGUUAUAAGUAUUAAACUAUUUAAUAUAUUUUUAUUUUCAUAG